AUGUCAACCAUCAUCGACAAGGCGAAGGAGAUCGUCGAGGUCAACGGCAUGUCGGACAAGAUCACCCUGCUACAGGGCAAGAUGGAGGAGGUUGUCCUACCCUUCGACAAAGUCGACAUAAUAAUAUCCGAGUGGAUGGGCUACUUCCUGCUCUACGAGUCCAUGUUGGACACCGUUCUCUACGCCCGCGACAAGUACCUGGUCAAGGACGGCUUGAUCUUCCCCGACAAGGCUACCAUCUUCAUGGCUGGUAUCGAGGAUGGCGAGUACAAGGAGGAGAAGAUUGGAUUCUGGGACAACGUCUGGGGCUUCGACUACUCUCCUCUCAAGGCAACCGCCAUCACCGAGCCUCUCGUCGACACCGUCGACAUCAAGGCCGUCGUCACCGACCCCUCCCCCGUCAUCACCCUUGACCUUUACACCUGCACCGUCGCCGACCUCGCUUUCCGGUUACCUUACGAGCUCAAGGCGCGCCGCAGCGACUUCAUCCAUGCCGUCAUCGCGUGGUUCGACAUCGAGUUCGCCGCCUGCCACAAGCCCAUCCGCUUCUCCACCGGACCCCACACCAAGUACACCCACUGGAAGCAGACAGUCUUCUACCUGAAGGAUGUACUGACGGUCGAGGAGGGCGAGACCAUCAGCGGCAUACUAGAGAACAAGCCCAACGAGAAGAACCACCGCGAUUUGGACAUUAGUAUCUCAUACAAGCUCGAGGCGAACGACAUGCACAGGCAAGCAUCAGGCGAGUCACAGUACAAGAUGUGCUAG